AUGUCGGCCUUAUCGGCUCGCCGCUUCAAAGACAGGAGCGCUGUCUCCGCCGGACCCACCAAACCCAAGCCGGACAAGAGAUCCCCCAGCGUCGGCAAGGAGAAUCCACCGGGGCCCACUUUCCGGACCUCGGCCCAGAAGCCCACCAUGCGGCCCGUUCCACGUGUCGACAAGGCGGCGGCGAGCGGCGGAGGCGAGGCGCGUGCGCGGUGGUCUAUGCCUUCCGUGGCGGCGAAAGGUAGGAGCUCUAGCCCUUCUGAGUUUUUUAGAGUUGCGUCGGGGAACGUCGGGCCGAAAAGUCGGCGGGUUUCGGUGGAUCGGGUCGAGAGGGGUCCGAGUCCAAAUCCGGGUUUGGAGCGGUCGGGGAGUGCGGGGAGGUGUUUGAGUAGGGGGAGAGUGUCAGGGGUUAGGGAUUUGGAAGUUAAAGCUAGUCAAUUGGGGGUUAGGGUUAGGGAUUCGAAAAUUGAUGAGGGUAAAAUUGGGGUCAGAAAGAAUGGGAUUUCUGUAGAAUCGGUGGAGAUUGAGGCGAAUUUGAAUGGGUUGAAUGGGAAUAGGUCCAAUUUGAAAAACCCAGAUGGGGUUGAUGGUAGGGUUUUGGAGAUAAGCAGUAGUGGGAAGUGUAGAAGUAGUGAUACUAGUGAGAAAUGUGUGAGCAAUAGGAAGGUUUGGGAGGGAUCGAAAGAGAAGGGGUUGAAGGAGGAAGGUAGUAAUGGCGGUCGAGUUGGUGUGAAGCAUUCUAGUAAGCUUCAUGAGAAGCUUGCUUUUUUGGAAGGGAAGGUGAAGAGGAUUGCGUCGGAUAUAAAGAAGACUAAGGAGAUUUUGGAUAUGAAUAACCCAGAUGCGUCGAAGGUGAUACUUUCGGAUAUUCAGGAGAAGAUUUCGGGGAUUGAGAAGGCCAUGGUGCAUGUUUCCAAUGGCUCUGGUUGUAAGAUGUUGAAAGGUAACGAGCAGGACGCCAAAGUGGUUGAGAAUGGGCACAUUGAGCAGGUGAGUAAUGCGAAGAGUUUGGUUAAAGGGUUGAACCGUGAGGAGUUAGAAGCUAGACUGUUUCCUCAUCAUAAGUUAAUUAGAAACCGCACAGCGAUGAAAGCAUCGUCUGAGACCUCUCAAGGUCAAGUUGUUGAAACCAGUAGUGAAUUGACAGUGGAUGAGAAGAAAGUGUGCCCUGUAGAUGAGAACCCUAUUGCGAUAGAGUUCCUGGCUUCCUUGGAUAAUGAGCAAACUAGAGGUACCGCAAGGGAUGGACAGGAGGAUAUUGAAACUUGUGAGGUGCAAGCAGUAGAUGGUGGCACCACUGUGGGAGUUGAAAAAUCUUCAAAAAUGGUCACCGGCAAGCAUGAUGACGAUCUCAUUCUCACAACUGAUGAAACACUUGAAGAUUCUGCUGAACAGGAGAAUAGACAAGUGAUCAUUGAUGAUGAAACUGAGGAUACUAGCAUUUACCAGCUCAAUGGAAUAGGCCAAAAGACCUCAACUGGUGGGUGGUUUAUGUCUGAGGGAGAGUCAGUUCUUCUUGCUCACGAUGAUGGUUCAUGCACCUUCUAUGAUAUUGUAAACGCUGAGGAAAAGGCUUUGUACAAGCCUCCUGCAGGAGUUUCACCUAACAUUUGGAGAGAUUGUUGGAUAAUCCGAGCUCCUAGUGCAGAUGGUUGCUCGGGAAGGUAUGUCGUGGCGGCAUCUGCUGGAAAUACGAUGGAUUCAGGAUUUUGUUCGUGGGAUUUUUAUGCCAAAGAUGUACGUGCUUUCCAUAUUGAUGAUGGUUUAGCCCCGUCAAGAACAGUGCUUGGCCCCCUUCCUGACAACAUCUCAUACAGAAGAAACACUUUGUCUAAUCUUUUGGAUCCAGAAACUCAACAAUGGUGGUAUAGACCUUGUGGACCUCUUAUGGUGUCAACUGCCACCUGUCAGAGAGUUGUGAGAAUCUAUGACAUUCGUGAUGGGGAGCAAGUAAUGAAAUGGGAUGUCCCAAAGCCUGUCUUAACAAUGGAUAAUUCAAGCCCCUUGCAGUGGAGAAACAGAGGAAAAGUUGUUGUAGCUGACAUUGAAACCAUUUCCGUAUGGGAUGUGAACUCUCUCACCCCUCAACCUUUAUUAUCUGUUUCUUCUGCUGGUCAGAAAAUCUCUGCUCUUCAUGUGAAUAACACUGAUUCUGAACUUGGUGGCGGAGUUCGCCAGAGAGUAAGUUCAGCAGAAGCAGAAGGAAAUGAUGGAGUGUUCUGUACCCAAGAUUCAAUAAACAUUCUAGACUUCCGCAAUCCGUCUGGUAUAGGUCUGAAAAUACCAAAGCUUGGUGUUACUGCGCAGUCAGUUUUCUCUCGUGGAGAUUCCAUCUUCCUUGGCUGCUCAAAUGGAAGGUCAGGAUGGAAAAAACAGUCCUCUUCACAAGUGCAACAGUUCUCAAUUCGAAAACAAAGGCUAUCGAACACUUAUGACUUGCCUGAAUCAAAUGCUCACAGCCAUCACACAGCUAUUACUCAAGUUUGGGGGAACUCAAACCUUGUGAUGGGUAUCUGUGGAUUGGGGCUCUUUGUGUUUGAUGCCCUGAAGGAUGAUGGUGUGCCAUCUUUCACCAGUGAUAGUGGAAGCACUCAGAAAGAUCGUGAAGUCAUUGGCCCAGAUGACUUGUAUGCUCCUUCUUUUGAUUACUCAGACUCUCGUGCUCUUAUUAUAUCAAGAGAUCGCCCAGCAUUAUGGAGGCAGUUAUCAUAG